AUGGACUUUGAUGCACUCUUUGGCAAGGAGCUACGGAAGAAGACGAAGAAGAAGAAGAAGGAGAAGGAGUUCAAGAAGUCAGAUGAACCUGAAGCAUCACCUUUAAAGGAGUCCAGUAGCGAUGCUAUUGAAGCCAAGGAGAUAUUGUUAGUUACUGAAGCUAUAGACAACGAUGUCCUUGAGAAAACAUGGAAAGAAAUGGUUGGUGGUGAUAAUAACAAUACUGAUAAUGAUGGUGACUGCAAUUUCAAUAAACUUUCUAAAGAGGAAAAGUUACUACGAUUAAGUCAGCAGAUCCAUAGUGAAGAAAAGAAACAUGCCUAUAAACUCCAGUUGGAUUUGGAAGCUGAAACCGACGUUACGGUGAUCAUUGAACAAGUAACAGAUGCUAAUUACACAGAUAAAAUAUACCUACAACUUCGGAAAUACUUCAAAAGUCUCAUAGUCCAAUGGGAGAACGAUCUACAAUCUGACAGGCAGCAAGCUCGUAUACUUUAUGAGACUAAAAGAGAUAUGGUUCCAUUACUUUAUAAGCUACGAACCCAUCGCUUGAAACCAGAAAUGAUCAUAACUCUUGGAACAAUUGUGCAUCAACUUCAAAACCAUCAGUUUCUACAGGCAAAUGAAAGCUAUUUAAAAUUGAGUAUUGGAAAUGUUGCAUGGCCUAUUGGCGUACAGAAUGUGGGUAUCCAUGCUAGAAGUGCUAGCCUGAGAAUUGAAGGGAAAUCGGCUAAUAUUAUGAUCUCCAAUACAACACGCAAAUGGAUCACUGCAAUUAAACGGUUGAUAUCAUUCUCUGAACGUCGUUAUAGUUCACUUAAUUGA